AUGGAGCGAGUUGAUACGUCUUCCCGCCUUUCGAGGCUCCGCGAGUUGAUGAAGGAGCGCAAGGUUGACGUCUACGUAAUUCCCUCGGAGGAUUCCCAUGCGUCCGAGUACAUUGCCGGCUGCGAUGCCCGGCGCGAGUUCAUCUCUGGCUUUAGUGGUUCUGCUGGCUGCGCUGUGGUCACGCUGGAAAAGGCAGCCUUGGCCACGGAUGGACGAUACUUCAACCAAGCCGCAAAGCAAUUAGAUCAGAACUGGCUACUCCUGAAGCAGGGCCUCCAGGAUGUGCCCACCUGGCAGGAAUGGUCCGCCGAGCAGUCUGCCGGCGGCAAGGUUGUUGGUGUCGAUCCCGAGCUUAUCACGGCUUCCAUCGCUAAGAAGCUUGCCGAGAAGAUCAAGAGAUCCGGCGGUUCUGACUUGGUAGCCCUUAGCGAGAACCUGGUCGACCUGGUGUGGGCUGGCGAUCGUCCGGACAGACCCAAGAACCCCGUUGUUGUUCUGCCGGAUCAUUUCAAUGGGAGGGAUGUCAAGUCGAAGCUGAAUGAUCUGAGGCAGGAUUUGGACAAGAAGAAGUCCCAUGCCUUCGUCGUAUCCAUGCUCGACGAGAUCGCUUGGCUCUUCAACCUGCGCGGCGAUGACAUCCCAUACAACCCUGUCUUCUUUUCUUACGCCAUCAUUACCCCCGAUUCUGCGACUCUGUAUGUUGACGAGUCUAAGCUGGGCGAGUCGACUCGGUCAUACCUCUCAAACAGCGACAUUGCUGUGAAGCCGUAUGAGACCAUCUUUGACGCCAUCAACGCCUUGCGUUCUUUUGCGGACAAGUCGGACGGCGCCUCUUCUUCCAAGAGAUUCAUCAUUUCUACUAAGGCAUCUUGGGCCCUGAAACGUUCCCUUGGCGGCGAGGGCCAGGUUGACGAAGUUCGCAGCCCCAUUGGAGACUCCAAGGCUGUGAAGAACAAGACCGAGAUGGCGGGCAUGAGAGCCUGUCACAUUCGGGACGGUGCCGCUUUGAUUGAGUAUUUUGCCUGGCUGGAAGACCAGCUGGUAGCUAAGAAGGUUGUCCUGGACGAAGUCCAGGCUGCUGACAAGUUGGAGCAAAUCCGCGCAAAGCACAAGGAUUACGUUGGCCUCUCUUUCGACACUAUCUCUUCAACUGGUGCAAAUGCCGCUGUCAUUCAUUACAAGCCUGAGCGAGGCGCUUGCUCCGUCAUCGACCCUAACGCCAUCUACCUAUGCGACUCUGGUGCGCAGUUCCUUGACGGCACCACGGACACGACAAGAACUCUCCAUUUCGGACAACCAACUGAAGCUGAGAAGCUUGCGUACACACUGGUACUGAAGGGCAACAUCGCCUUGGACACCGCUAUUUUCCCCAAGGGAACGACAGGCUUUGCACUUGAUUGCUUAGCCCGCCAACACUUAUGGAGGGAGGGCCUGGACUACCGCCACGGAACUGGACACGGCGUAGGUUCAUACCUUAACGUGCACGAAGGUCCUAUCGGGAUCGGCACCAGAGUUCAGUUUGCCGAGGUUGCUCUUGCACCGGGCAACGUCGUUUCGAUCGAGCCGGGUUUUUACGAGGACGGAUCCUACGGUAUUCGGAUUGAAAACGUUGCAAUGGUUACGGAGGUAAAGACGAAGCAUUCUUUCGGCGACAAGCCCUACCUAGGAUUUGAGCACGUCACCAUGGUUCCGUAUUGCCAGAACCUUCUCGAGCCCAGCCUCCUGACGGAGGAGGAGAAGAAGUGGCUCAAUGCCCAUAACGCCGACAUCUUCCAAAAGACGAAGGACUUCUUCAAGGAUGACGCCCUAACCCUAGCAUGGCUGGCGCGGGAGACACAGCCGUUGUGA